AUUAAUACGAACCCGAAACCUUUACCAAAGUAAUCUUGCAAAGAGACAAGAGCUCUCUCGUUAAACAAUUUCUAGGGUUAGGGUUUCCGAUCGAUUAACAAGCCACCGUGAUUUGUUGAUUUCUGAUUCUAACAAGCUGUAACGAUUAAGAAGUUCGAAAAUCCCCUGAGAGAGAGAGAUUUGGAAAUGGGUGCUGAGGGAGGUUCCAGCGAGCCGCCGCCCGCCGUUGAUGGCGGUGCUGUCGCUGAUGGAGGAGGAGAGACUGUUGCGGUGAACAUCAGGUGCUCGAAUGGUUCCAAGUUUACAGUGAGGACGUGCCUCGAUUCGACGGUGGGGUCGUUCAAGGCCCUUGUGGCUCAGAACUCCGACGUCCCAGCCAAUCAGCAGCGAUUGAUCUACAAGGGUCGGAUUCUUAAAGAUGAUCAGACGCUCCUCAGCUGUGGUUUGCAGGGUGAUCACACCGUUCACAUGGUAAGAGGCUCUGCCCCUUCUUCGGCAUCUCCUGCUGUUCCUGCUGCAAAUUCUGGAAGCCCAACGACUACUCCUGCUGUUACCCGAGGGGUCGGUUCAAAUAAUAGUCCGAAUCUUGGAGGAGCAGGUCUUGGGGCAUCUCUGUUCCCUGGCCUUGGAUCUAAUCCAUUAGGCGGUGGAAAUGCUACAUCUGGUUUAUUUGGAGCUGGUCUUCCGGAUUUUGAGCAAGCACAGCAACAGCUAGCUCAAAACCCGAGUAUGAUUAGAGAUAUGAUGAAUACACCUGCAAUUCAGAACCUUUUGAACAACCCGGAACUUAUGAGGACCUUGAUUAUGAGCAAUCCACAAAUGCGUGAGCUUGUAGAUCGCAAUCCUGAGCUUGGCCAUGUGCUUAAUGACCCAAGCAUCCUUCGUCAGACCUUGGAAGCUGCAAGAAAUCCUGAGCUUAUGCGUGAGAUGAUGAGGAACACUGAUAGGGCGAUGAGUAAUAUUGAAUCUACUCCUGAGGGAUUUAACAUGCUUAGACGUAUGUACGAAAAUGUCCAGGAACCAUUCUUGAACGCUACAACAAUGUCAGGAAACACUGAUAGCAAUUCGCAUUCGAACCCGUUUGCUGCCCUUCUGGGAAACCAGGGUGCUGUACAAGGUAGAGAUGCUUCUAACAAUCCUUCCACAACCAGUGCUGAAACGGGUACAGGGAAUAGUGUCCCAAAUGCAAAUCCGCUUCCUAAUCCUUGGAGUGGUACUGGUGGCCAGACAACUGCUCCUGGAACGACAAAUUCUACUGGGAACACGGGAGCUCCUGGCCUUGGUGGUCUUGGUGGACUAGGUCUGCUAGGGAUGGAUCCAGCUCUUGGUACCACUCCAGAUGCUUCUCAACUGAACCAGUUAUUGCAAAAUCCAGCCGUAUCACAGAUGAUGGAAGGCUUGCUUUCCAAUCCGCAAUACAUGAAUCAGAUCAUCAAUCUCAACCCGCAACUCCGAAGCAUGCUUGAUAUGAAUCCUCAGAUGAGGGAAAUGCUGCAAAAUCCGGAGUUUCUUCGUCAGCUUACCUCCCCUGAGACAAUGCAGCAAAUGAUGGCUCUUCAGCAGUCACUUUUCUCCCAGCUUAACAGGAAUACGACCAGCCAGGAUUCCGGUGCUGCUACCACAGGCGCAGGCAAUAACAAUAACAAUAACGCGGGGCUAGAUUUGUUGAUGAAUAUGUUUGGCAACCUUGGCACUGGUGGCCUGAGUGGUCCGAAUCAGCCAAAUGUUCCUCCGGAGGAGCUCUACGCCACGCAACUGCAGCAGCUGCAGGAGAUGGGAUUCUUUGACAGAGAGGAGAACAUCAGGGCCUUGCGUGCGGCCCACGGCAAUGUCCACGCCGCCGUAGAGCGGCUCUUGGGCAAUAACCUCGGCGGCCUUUAGAAAGAAGAGGUCCCAGUACUGGGGAGAGAAACAAAAACUCACGUUGGCUGGCAGGUCCGUGAACUUUGUUCUUAGUUCCACCAUGCAAAAUCUUAAUUAUCAUAUCAUUAUCAAAAUAUAUCAUCAAAGGGUGAAACUUUGUGACGUUAUUUAUGGCUCUUGAAUCAUACAGGGUUUGUUUUCAGUGGCACUGUUCUUCGUUUUCUUCCCUUUUUUUUUGUUCUUUUCUCUUCUCUUUAUUUCUUUUUUUUUUAAAAUAAAAUUGUACACUUUGACAUAAUCGGCUUUCAAUUUAUAACAUUUAUAACUGCAA